AGGUGCAGGAUGUUUUGGACAGGGAGGGGGCGAACGGCGAGGAAGGACAGUGCGACGGCGAGAACGAUGAGAUGGGCACAGGGGCAGAGGGCAAAGGACCGACGGAGGGCGGCGGUGAGGACGAUGUGCAGGAGUUAGGAGCGUCCCUGGAGAGGGGAGCCUUCAAGGUGGGACGCACUCCUCAUCAGACGAGGCCUGGUGCGACUAUGGAUGGCCGUGGGAAGAGGAGGGCGGGCACUGCUCCUGCGGCAAGCGUUCCGGACACGAAAUGCUUGAAGCAGGUCAGAUUGGAUGAGUUGUACGACCCGGAGUGGCAGGCCACCUUCGACCAUCUCUUCCUGCAGUGGUGGUAUAUUAGCGGUGUCCCAUUUGAGAGGGCGAGGAUGCCCGAGUACAGGGCCCUCACGAAACAUCUGCAGAAUAUGCCCAGGGGCAUGAAGCCUGCUUUGCCCCAGUACAAGCGCAUAGCAGGCAGUGGCAUACAGGCGGAGCGUGCGUACAUAGCUGAUAAGCUACGUGACAUACGCGAGCAGAUGCAGCACACAGGGGCUACCAUCCUCACGGAUGGGAGGAAGUCCCUGAACUCUGAGCCCAUCGUGAAGUUCCUGACAGCAGGACAGGCAGGCGCCUUGCUUUUCACGACGGUGCGCAGGGAAGUGGUUGACGCAGAGACUUCAGACGUCGUCUUGCAGCGCUGGAAGAAGGUGUUCGAGAAGUUCGGCGAGAAGAACAUCAACGCCAUCUACACAAACUCUGCAUCAGUUUAUGUCGCAGCCGGUCGAGCACUUUGCAACGAUCCCGAUCCCGAUAUUCAUCGCAUCCCUUGGCUCCCUUGUUCUGUCCAUUGCUGCAACUUGAUGUUGUUAGACAUGGUCAAGGACAAGAUAUGGGCCAUCGAGUUGUUGACCAGCGCGAGGGCGAUUGUCCGAUUCAUUAGAUCUCACGGAUCGGCUCUCGCGUUGUUCAGGAUUUACAAUGCCAGGGCCGAUCGCGAUGCACGGGCGGACCGUGUGAGUGGCAACGCACACAUCGGAGAGGGAACAGCAGGCAGAGCACGACGCGGUCGAGAGUUGUUGUACCCUUGCGAGACGCGAUUCACCUCUGUGCACAUCAUGAUGGAGCGCGACCACAGGGUUGCACUUGAGACGAUGAUGUUGGAGGGGGAGCGGGCGCGACUUCCAUGGGAGAGGAAGUUGCUCGGGCAGGCCGGGUGGGUGCGCACGCAGGACGAGGAGGUCGAGUAUGAUCCCCCGACGGACCCGCAGGCUGCAGACGAGAUGGAGGCAGAGGCGUGGACAGACCCGGAGGACUUGGAGCAGGGAGGCAGUGACACACGUGAUGCUGGUGAGGAAUUCGGCGGAGAGAGUGAUGAUGGGGCUGCCAGUGAUAUGAGGUCGCGGGAUCGGCAGAGCCAUUGCCGUCCCGAUCGCAUGAGCCCUCCCUUGACUAGGAGUGUGGUCGCGAGAGGGCGCAGGUUGUGCGAUCCUCGAGCGAGGACGAUAAAGGUAACGAUGGAGAUGCCGCCGAUGAUGAGGACUACGACGACAAGAGAGAGGGUGAUGGACAGCACCUUUGAGAUGGGGGCGAGCAUGGGCUAUCGAGCAUCGACGGCGGUGGGCCGUUUGAGGACGGGGCGGGGGGCGCCUCCCUUGUUACUCCUGGCCCCAGUGCAGUGGGCGGGGGCGUUAGCGGCGGGCAGGGAUUUGGUUUGGAGAUGCCUGGCACGAUGGGGUGCGUGUUCGGACAGCGAUUUUGCACACCAUAUAGGGUCGGUUUUUGGUGGUGUGAGUUCGGGGAUGUUGACAGAGGCUGCUAGAGCGUCAGGACACGACCAGGGCGAGGGAGAUGGGGUGUACUGUGGAGGAGGUCACUGCCGCGAGAUUAGCAGCAGUACACAUGAUGGUCUUGUAGAUGUUGUAGAUGGUGGCGGACUCCACACAGAGGGACACGUGGUCAAUCGUGCAUACGGCGAGAAGGAGCAUGAGGGGGUAGGGUUGGGUGGUUUAUGUGGCCCCAGCGAUACAGGACUACCCACUACUCAUGAGGUGCACGGGGGCGACGGUGCGGCCAUGACAGACGCAGGGGGGUUGCUUGGGUGCGAUGGCACAGAGGUGGAGGGGGAUAGAGUACUUGUCGGCGUUGCCGCAAUGGAGGACGUGGUCGCAAAUGACCCUCAGGAUGGUCCUGUCGUGGUGGACGCUGUGGUUGUGCAUCGCAACAAGGAGGAGCGACAGGUGGACUCCGAGGACGUUAUUGCAGCCACCGUAAAGGCACACACGCCCACCAUGUCCCCACUGGAGCGGCACACUGUUGGGAUUGAUCCAGUGAUGGGCAGGAGCAGGCAUUUAUCGAAGAGGCUUUGGGAGGCUGUGCCUCCAUCUUCUUUUGUGCCUGUUAGUCCGCCUACCCUCGGGGGUAUCGGGGAUAUUGGGAGGUCUAUGGAGAUGGCCGACUUAUUCGAGCAAUUGACAGGUCAGAGGGUUAUCGAGCCGGGAGGGGUAUCAUGGGGAGCACGGUCAGUCGCUGCAGGGACACGACCGGCAUGUGCAGGGGCUGUAAGUGGACGAGGAGGCAAGUCUGGUGGCAGUGUUGUUGGUGGCGGGUGUGGUCCCACAAUUGUCGGCGGACGCUCGGGCCUUCUGGGCGGGAGUGUUGGUGGGGGAGAGGGUUCUGCUGCAGCGGCGACAGCAGGAGGGCGCGGGCAUGUGCAGGGUUGUCCAUCACGUUUGUCGAAGGCGAAGGGGAAGUCCGUAUCGUGGAGCGGCAUCAACAGGGUCACCCACAAACUCAAGGAUGCUAUGCCUGGGAUUACGGGUGAGAGGAGGGAUCGUGGGGGGAGGUUGACUGAGAUGUUUGCGGACGCAGCAGGCUGGGUACGGAAGGGAGAUAGGUUCGAGCAUCCUGGUGUCGGGUCGUCGUGUGUUGCUGAGAGACAGGGCGACCAGAUGGUUGCACCACCGUCACGACCGCCCAAAGCAGUUGCGGCACAGCGAGAUGGAUAGCGACGUCCCAAAGGGUGACCUUCCACACGUGCUUUGCCAGGUGGCUAACUCACCCCCGC